GGUUAGUAAAACCCAAAAAAAAAAAGUUUUUCAUCAAACCACGCCUCCGAUAUUAUGUUUUGGGGGUUCGGUUCCCUUCCUACUCCAUUCCACUUAUCCUUGUAGUAUCAUAAGAUUUUAAAAUAAAAGGUAAUCUUGACCACCAUAAUUUGGAUAAAGGAAAAAUCUUUUUCCUAUCAAACUACAAAAUGCCAAAUUGUCAAUACAUACGCUUGUAAAACCAAACUUCAUCAUACCAGUAGCGUCUUCAACCUUAAUACCACAAAGUCCAUCGCCAUCUCCGUCGAAUCACCACCCUUCCAUAUCAUCGCAUCCAUGGCGCCAGUUACUAGUGAACACGGCUACGAUCGUCUAUCAGAAGUGAAAAAAUUCGACGAAUCAAAAAUCGGCGUAAAGGGAUUAGUAGAUUCCGGCGUCACCACCAUCCCCAGCUUCUUCCACCAACCACCGGAGAAUCUCCCUGGUCCAAAACCUAAAAACCGACCGAAAUUAACCGUGCCUGUCAUCGACUUAUCUGCAGAAAGAUCAACCGUUGUUGAAGAAAUUCGACGAUCAGCUUCCACACUAGGGUUUUUCCAGAUCGUCAAUCAUAGCAUUCCAACAACACUAAUCGAUUCUGUUCUUAAUGGUCUGAAGAGUUUCUUUGAGCAACCGACGGAGUAUAAGAUGCAAUUCUAUCACAGAGAAGCAGGGAAAGGAGCAGCUUAUUCUACAAAUUUUGACUUGUACCAGUCAAAAGCUGCGAGCUGGAGAGACACGCUUCAGGUGAGGAUGGCGCCCGUAGAACCGGAUUGGGAUGCGGUGCCGGACAUGUGUAGGGAGGCACUGAAAGAGUGGGACAAGGCGGCGGUGGGGUUAGCAGAAGAAUUGAUGUCGAUUUUAUGCCAAGGAUUGGGAGUAAAGAGCGACAGGUUAAAGGAAUUAUCAUUUUUGGAAGCAAGGGUAAAUGCGUCCCAUUAUUAUCCCCGGUGCCCACAGCCAGAUCUCACGGUGGGGCUCACCGCCCACACCGAUCCCGGCGCACUAACCGUCCUGGUGCAGAACGAGGUCGGUGGGUUGUUGCAGGUCAAGUGUGGUGACGAUUGGGCUGACGUCGAGGCAGUUCCCGGCGCCGUUGUUAUCAACAUCGGCGAUCUGCUUCAGAUGAUGUCUAAUGAUGAAUACAAAAGCGUGGAACAUCGAGUAUUGGCAAACCCUGUUGAAGGUGCACGUGUCUCUCUUGCCGUGUUUUUCAAUCCAAGCAACCGAGAGGGCACGUAUGGGCCGUUCCCGGAGGUGAUAUCAGCCGAGAAACCGGCGGUUUACAAGGACUUUACAUAUGCAGAUUACAUCGGAAGAUUUUUCAGGAAGGAGCUUGACGGAAAGACGUUGACCAAUUUCUACAGAAUCGAUAACAAAACAGGCUGAUUUAAUAGUAAAAUAAGGAUUGUUGCAUUCGUAUAUCAUUAUUUACAUAUUGUAUACAAUAGAACAAAACACAGUGAUACAUUUAUGUAUACUUGUUGUGAUAUGAAAAAUUACUUUCAUCUUUUGAUCGAUCCAAAUCCAACUAUCUGAAUGCUUUUGGGCGUUUAUGAUCACAUUUCAAGCAUGCCGUGUUUCUCCUGAAGUUUAUGUAGUUGCAUCUGCAAAACGAAUGUGAGAACCAAAAGUUUGUUUUAAACAUGGGGGAAAUAUUUAUCAUCUUUGUUGGCAUAAAGAUCUAUGUGAUCAUUUAGGGAAGAACUCACGAGUCGCACUCCCAUUCCCCUGGAUUGAGUUGUCUCUUUGGUGGGUUUGUAUGGCAAUGCAAACAUCUUGUGUUCUUGGCAAAAUUUAGAAAUUUGCAUCUGUUUGUCGA